GCUCGGAGCCGGGUAGUGGCGCGGUGCUGUGAGAGCGAGAGGAAACGGGACGGUGCGGGUGGGAUGGAGUGCGCGGCUCUGCUGUGGGGCUGGCUCCUGCUUGGCCUCAGCUGGGGUUCGGGGCCCUCCGGGGUCAGUGCCGCUGUGCUCCCGACCGCCAUCUACGUGCUGGACGAUGCCCACGGUCUAGGCAGGCAGUUCGACGGGAUAGGAGCUGUCAGUGGCGGCGGGGCCACAUCUAGACUGCUGGUGAAUUACCAAGAACCUUAUCGCUCCCAGAUUUUAGAUUACCUGUUCAAGCCAAAUUUUGGUGCCUCUUUACAUAUGCUCAAAGUAGAGAUUGGAGGUGAUGGACAAUCAACAGACGGUACUGAACCCUCCCAUAUGCACUAUGAAAAUGAUGAGAACUACUUCCGGGGCUAUGAAUGGUGGCUGAUGAAAGAAGCUAAAAAGAGGAACCCCAAAAUUAAACUGAUUGGAUUACCUUGGACAUUUCCAGGAUGGAUAGGAAAGGGUGAAAAUUGGCCCUAUGACUAUCCAGAUGUCACUGUUUACUAUAUUGUUUCUUGGAUAUUAGGAGCUAAAAAGUAUCAUGAUUUGAACAUCGACUAUGUUGGGAUAUGGAAUGAAAGGGCAUUUAAUAGCAAAUAUAUUAAGCUAUUGAGAUACACCUUGGAUAAGCACAGUCUGCAGCAGGUGAGGAUCAUAGCCAGCGAUAGACUAUGGGAGCCCAUUUCUCUUGUCUUGCGGCUUGACUCUGAGCUUGAUGGAGCAGUCGAUGUGAUUGGGGCUCACUACCCUGGAACAAAAACAGUGCCAGAUGCCUUAUUAACUAAGAAGAAACUGUGGUCUUCAGAAGAUUACAGUACUUUCAAUGAUGACAUAGGUGCAGGCUGCUGGGCUCGGAUCCUGAACCAAAACUAUGUCAAUGGAAACAUGACUUCAACCAUUGCAUGGAAUUUGGUGGCCAGUUAUUAUGAAGAGUUACCAUUUGGUCGAUGUGGAUUAAUGACAGCACAAGAGCCAUGGAGUGGUCACUACAAAGUAGAAGCUCCUAUUUGGAUUACAGCACACACAACACAAUUUACUCAGCCAGGCUGGUCAUACUUGCAAGUGGAUGGACACUUAAAAGGUGGUGGCAGUUUUGUAGCUCUGACAGAUGGCCUAGGAAACCUUACCAUCAUCAUUGAAACUAUGACUCAUAAUCAUUCUCAAUGUAUCAGACCUCCACUACCUCAAUUCAGUGUGACACCUCAGAGAGCAACUUUCUACCUCAAAGGGUCAUUUCAUUUGGUGGAAACCCUUCAAGUGUGGCAUUCUAGACUUGGUUUUGAAUCUGGAAACUCUAGUCUUUUCCAGCAACUUCCUCCUGUAAAGGUGUGGAAGGGAAGCUUUUCUUUGGAUCUAAAUGUAGAUGAAGUCUACACUUUAACAACACUCAAGACAGGGCAGAAAUGUCGUUGCCCAGAGUCUCCACCAUCUCAACCUUUUCCUUCAAACUACAAAGAUGAUUUCAAUAUCCGUAAUCCACCUUUCAGUGAAGCCCCAAAUUUUGCAGAUCAGACAGGUGUAUUUGAGUACUUUGUAAAUACUUCUGACCCUGGAGACCACGUGUUCACACUACGCCAAGUGGUGCUCCAGCGGCCCAUCACUUGGGCUUCUGAUGCAGACCAGACAAUCAGUGUCAUAGGAAACUUUAAGUGGGUAAAUAUGACAGUGACUUGUGACAUCUAUAUAGAAAAACAACGUGAUGGGGGCGUGUUUGUUGCAGGCAGAGUUGACAAUGGUGGGAUAUAUGUUCGACGUACAAAAGGAGUUUUCUUCUGGGUUUUUGCAGAUGGCACCUACAGAGUCACUGGUGACCUAGCUGGUGAAGAAAUACUAAUGAAAGGACUUUCUGGUGUCCGGAAUAACGUGUGGCACACGCUUACUCUCAACAUUCAGGGCACUUCUGCCUCGGGGCUGUUAAAUGGUUAUCCACUCUGGGAGAAUGUCACCAUCUCUACACCAAGUAAUGGCUGGGCUGCUAUUGGAGCUCGCUCGUUUGAGUUUGCACAGUUUGACAACUUUCAUGUUGAAGCUAGCUGAGCUGGCUUUUGCAUUUGGAGGACCCAAUUCUCAAAUUACUUUGAAAAAAAGCCAGUUCAAACUUUGAGGACAACUUAAUGCUAUGUUAAGAUUGAUCUGUUGGCAAGGAAUCUGAAUUCUGUCCUUUUUAUUUGUUAAAGGUUUACUUGAGUAGGUAUCAACAUGACUGUAACUUUAUCCCUUGGUUGCUAUGGGAUUUUUGCACUUCGAUUUUUUUUGGGGUUAAAAUGUAGUUCAAGGUAAUGAUGAAAACAAAAUAGCGGAUUUACAUCUCUUUUAAUAACAUUUUAACUUCUCAACUUCCUUUUACGAUAACUUUAGAAGUUAACAGAAGACAGAGGCAUCUAAGUUGGAUUUCUGACACUUACAUGAUUGUGUCCAUUCCUUUCACUCUGAAUUCAAUGCCAGUAAGCCUUAUGAGCCAGUGGCCCCAUACUUUGAUGAUCUAUCAUUCUCAAAUUUCAUUUGAAUGAAGUACCUAGUUUUUCUAGAGACAAAACUUUUUUUUUGCUAUUUUUCUGAUGCAGUCUGAGACUAGACAUUACUGUACUCUGAGUGCAUUUGAUUACUUUUUCCUGAUUACUUCUUCCACCUUUCAUUGCCAGCCCUAAAAUAGAUCAUAUUUUCAGUGAAAUGGAAAUAUGCCUUAUGGCUGCUCAGGCAGUGCAGGAUAUACGUUACUUGUAAACUACCUCCUCUUUCCAAUGAAGGAGUUGAAAUGGAUGAAAUAGCUUUUAUUUUUUUUAAUGAUAGCCUUGUAGGGGUGUUUUUGCAUUGUGCAAAGAAUUAAAACUAUUCAUCAUGGAUGCUGGCAAGCAGAGUGCUUACAGUUCACGUGUGGAAAAGCUGGCCUUUUGUUCAUAGAAACUUUGGCAAACCUCUCUCUUUUGAUGGAUCUAAAGAUUAGAGCAGAAAAAGUGUAACAAAGUUAUUUAGCUGCUUCUCUUACUGUAGCACAGAGGAGAUUUGGAUACUAUCACAUCCUGGUAUAAAAGAAAACUUAAAAAAAAGUCUUUUCCUUUAAGAGUCUGCAGUUCAAAAGAUAAGGGGAGAACAGCAGCUGGAUGCAGACAGAAUUGUUUAGUGUGCCAGGCAAUGGUAUUGACACAAUAGUGAUCAGUCUGUUUUUACAUGUUUCCUAAGCAUUACAGAAUAAAGUUCAGAGGGAAUUUCAGAUCCUUGGGAAAGAAGGGAAUCUGUUUUGCUCUUGCUUUAUUGGUUUUUUUAUUGUGUUUUUUUUACUGUACUAUGAAAAAAAUCAAAUAUCAAGAGGUACUGAAUGGGAUUUUCAUCGUGUACGUUCCAAGUUCAGUUGACUUCUGAUUGUUUUUCUUGUUUCCUGUUGGUCAGUGUGAAGAUGAUGUCUGUUGCCAUAAUGAAACAUAUUUCCUGUGUCCAUCUACUUUUCACAUUCACAUCUUAUUUAAUUGACAAGCAAGUAGUUCCACAGACUUGAUAGGGCACUAAGAGUUGCAAGAGGCUGCCUGUGUCAGGCAGUAUAUUGAUAAACAGAUUUGCAGUAUACUUUGCUUGAUAGAGGUUAUUAUUCUGAUCCACUUUAUUUUGAAGGCUGAUUCCAGUAAGUGUUUAAUUUAGUCUUAGAAGAUCUUGUCUAAUAUAGAGUUAAUAUAUUACAAAUGAUUACUGGAAAAGUUUUAUAAAAGUUGUCUUCCAAAUUAGCAUCUGGAGAAGAGUCCUCAAAUGUUUUAUCUAUUAUACUGACACUGCUAUUGAUUCGUUAUGAAUCAUUCAUACAUGCAAGUUUUUUGCAUGCUUAUAACCUUGAAAAAAGAUCCAAACCACUAAAGUGUAAAACUUUUGUAGAAGGCUUUCCCAUGCAAAAUAACUAUUUACUGAACUGGGUGAAAAAGGAAAGCCUUUUUCCUAUUUCAGUUUCAUUUGAUGGUUGAAGCUUGGAUGGAAAUAUGCUUGCUUGAUUUCAGAAGGGAUGUUGCUGGUAACUCCAGACGUGAGUGAGUCUAAUUUUAGGUCCUCGUGUUCAAGUAAUGGGAGUACAGGAGAAGUAGUUCCCAAAAUAAACUUAUUUUGGUUAUGAUGGAUUUUCCUAGUAGGAUAUUUCUUGGAGGCUUCCAGGCUGUGUGUGGCUGCAAGCAGUGUUUGUGUAAAAGAGAAAUCAGCAAUGAUGCAUUUAUUCCAAAGGAGCUGUCAGGUUGUUUUUACGUUGUAAUGCACUAGCAUAAUAAAGUGUACUGUUAUAUUGUGUACUAAACACAAUGUACUUUGUCACUGGAAAUGUUGAUUUUUUUCUUUUUCCUAAUCUUAAUUUAUAAUAUUAAAUGAUUAAACUGUUAUGAACAGAGUGAUUUAAUGGUGAUAGAACGUUAUUCAUCUUUAUAUGUUUGUAAUUCUUCACCCCUCAGCAGGCCGUAGUAUGUUUGGCAAUAACAAGUUGUCAGGUCUUUCAUUGAGGGAUGGAUUUAUGUUGUUGAUUAUAAAUACUAAUCAUUCCAAAUGGAC